AUGGCACCAGUCGGCCCCAGAGUCUCAAAAGAAGAGUUCAUGAAUGCCCUCAGCCUCAAUUCCCAAGAUCCCCAACACGAAAUGUACUACCGGGCCAUGCGAGAUGAAGCCAUCGUAAUCUACAAUCACCUAAAUCGUGAUACCUCGCACCUCGUCGACAACAUCCGCGCCGACCCUAACGCCCGGCCCCCGUUCUUCUGGCACCAUAUCCGCCCAGACCACCAGCGCUGGGGCAUCAUGGAAAUCUGGCGCAACGCAGGCCCACUCACGCGCCCUCUCUUCGACCGCGGCAGUACCAGCGGCGAGUACGGACCUAACUGGGUAGCGGGGUGGUUGCUGUACAGUGUUUUCCGCUCGCGUGAUGUGCGGAAUAAUCGGAAUCGGAGGAAGGGAGAUGGCAAUGCAACUGCUGAUGAUAAAAAGUCCAAGCAAGCGGAGGAAACUACGCCGCCAAAGAAGGGCUACUAUGACCCCGUUCGAAACGGGACUCUGUAG